UACCUGCCUAUAGGUCCACUCCCCUUCUCUCCUCCCAUCGCUCGUCCUCCCCCUUCCGGAAUCGCGCCGUCGCCCUCCGCCGCAAUCCGCGCCGUCGCCCUCCGCUGCCAUCCACGCCGUCGCGGCGAGCUAGCGAGGGAGACACUCGACUCGGGUCGACAGGGUCGAGAUGGACGGCGGCGAGCACGAGCCGGAGGAGUCCUCCUCCCAGCGCCGUGAGCGCCUCCUCGCCCUCCGCUCCGCCGCCAACGCGUCGCCGGCGGAGGCGCCGCCCCCGGCGCCCGCGGGGAGCCUCCUCCCAGACCCCGACCUCGCGGGGGACCAGGCCUCCUCUCCGCGCCCGCGCCCGCCCCAGCGGUUCGACUACUACACCAACCCCGCCGCCGCCUUCUCCUCCUCCUAUUCCGGCGGCGCGACCAAUCCGACCUGGUCCCACAAGCGCAAGAGCCCUCCCUCCUGCUACAAUCCGCGUCCCGCUCUGCCUCCGCCUGCUUACGGGAACUAUGGUGACAACUAUCCUCCACAGCAGCAUCAUUUGGCUCCAUCGCCAAUUCACUCCCCACCCCUGAUGCCACGAGAUUCACAAGGGGGCAGUCCAUGGAGAAGUCCUAUGCAGUUCCAGGAUCCAAUGUCAGGAUACCAAGGAGCACCUCCUGGUGCUCCACCUCCCUGGGGUCCACACUCUGUUCCUCCAGCUAGAGGAUCUUAUCCAAAUUCUCCUAGGUUUGGGUUCAGGCACCCUAAUCCCGGCCGAGGAGGCAGCCCGAUGAAUUAUGGACCAAGAGGUAGCCCGAACUCAUCUUAUGGACGAGGUAGGGGGCCCAGUUAUUAUGGUAGCGCAGGUUCGAGGGGGAGAGGGGGCAGGGGUGGCUGUGGUUGGCAAGACCACAGCUACUUCAAUAAGUCCAUGGUUGAUGACCCUUGGCUGGACUUGCAACCUAUUGUUGGCAACAUACUGAUACCCAGGGGCAUCUCCGAGUCGAGGCUUCCAAAAUCGCUGCGGGAGAAGAAGGAAGCACCUGCUCAAGGCCAAAUUAAGUCGUCAUCAGGAUUGAGCCUAGCAGAGUACCUUGACUUAUCUUUCAAUGAGGUUUCUGAUAAACAAACAUAGGCUUUUUGUAUGCAUAACUAGGAUCGUAGAUUGUUGUUGUUUCCAGUAUUAUUUACAAUAGAUUUUAUCCCCAUUGAAAAUGAAGCUCCUGUAUCUGUGCUCCUUCUAUUGCCUUAGAUCGUGUGCAGCUUUGACAAAUUUUACUGCUGCUUACAUUUUAGCGAUCAUGCUGUACCUUGAUUCUAAGAAACUAAUUAGUAGAUGGAGGAAAUGAAAUGCUUUAACA